CAGUGGUUCCGAACAGCUGUCAGGAGCGGCGUUUGUUUCGCACGGUGCGAGGGCUCCGCUGCUGUGCGAGGGUUCGCAUGCCUGUCGUGCCUUCGGCCCCGUGAACCGUUAUCUCUGCGGCGUCCUAUUUGCUAUGUGAUCUGAGGACGUCGGAGCCGCGUCAGCAUGGCUACAUUAAGCGGCGAGAUGAGCAACUCCUCCAGCGCCCUCAUGGAAGGCACGGAGGAUGCAGCCUCCAUCGACUUCGGCGACGUCGAAGACGGAGUUAUCAGGAAGCCCCCCAGGCAUCGGAUGGCGGCGUUCUUUCACCUGGCCUUCCGGACGACGGCGCUGCUCACGUACCUGCUGUGUCGCCUCUUCACGGACAGCUUUGUGUCCAGCUUCGUGUGCAUCCUGCUGCUGCUCUGCAUGGACUUCUGGACCGUCAAGAACGUCACGGGCCGCCUGCUGGUCGGACUCCGGUGGUGGAAUUACGUCGACGACGCCGGCAAGAGCCACUGGGUGUUCGAAAGCCGCAAGGCGGGUGAGCAGACCACAGACGCCUCGGAAGCGAGCCUUUUCUGGAUGGGGCUUAUCGGAGCGCCUGUCCUGUGGACGCUCUUCUUCUUCGUGUCCUUGUUCAGCUGGAACUUCCAGUGGCUGAUGGUUACGAUGAUAGCCCUGGCCCUAAACGGGGCCAACCUGUACGGCUACAUUCGCUGUCGGUUAGGUCGUAAGGGCUCCAUGAAGGCAGCCGCCUCCAACUUCUUUGGACAGCAGCUGCUUCGUGGGAUGUUCAGCAAGAAAGAAGCGGCGCCCCCUGCGAGAGAUAGUGGAACGACCCAGCUCGAGCCGUGACGAUGUGGCCCGGCCAAUUCGUUCCCGCCCCUUGUAUAUAGACUCCCUCCUCCUUCUCCUCCACUUUCAUAAAGCCAUUGUGACACACCACAGCGUGGAUCUCACUUUCUGGCGUUUGUGAUCUAUGAGCCCGGCCUCUAGCAUUUUGGUCUGCCACUUUCAGAGAUACUUUUCACUCUUGUGUGACAUCAGGCCCAGUGUGUACCACAUCAUUAAGACCACAAGAGGGUCCCGUCAUUGGCUUAGCCAAUCCAAAAUCUGCCGAAUGUGUAUAAACCUGAAAAUAAUUCAUCCAUGCUGUGCCCUUUGGUUGCAAAUGCUGCCUAAGUUAUAAUUCAUACUCCAUUUGCAGGCUGGUUUAUUUGCUGCAUUGUGUUCCUACGCCUCUUGGCAACAACGCCUGGUGGCAACCGCGUUGUGUCCCACUUACUGCACAUAAAGAGUUGUUGGCUGUGUACGUCGCAUUUAUGUACCGAGCAACUUCGUGCUGUGAAAAGAAGGCUUUGAAGCUGUGGUUAAAUGAUGUAAAUACACUCUAGAGCUAUGUAAUGUCUAUGUUGUUAGUGUAUUCGGGACGUGGUGGCCUGGGAAAAACGGCAAGAUGAUGCACGACAAAAAGAUUAACAAGAGGAGGAAUGGAGGGGCGAGAUUUCUAUUAGUCAUGACGGCAUGAUGCCAAGGAAAGCACUAGGGAAAGCGAUUUCUUCUUUCAUCAGGCCCUGUCCAAACUAGCAUCCAAGCGGCAGUUUCCUCUGAGUAACAGCUACAAAUCUCAAAGGCUUGUGCGUGUGUACUGUGAGCUGCCGGUUGAACGGCAGAAAGCCGAAAUGCAUCAUGGCUGCUGUGCUUUACACACCACCUGUAGAGGUCUAGAGUCGACAUGGUAGAGGAGAACAAAAGUGGACAAAAGAAAAGGAAAAAAAAAUCUCGCCAGGUUAUGCCUCGCAUCCUAGUCAUCGGACAUUUACCUGUCGAGAAUAUUGCGUCGCACACAUUUUAUUAUAUCUUGCAGUAACACAGUAGCACGACCCCUUGUUACUACUCCACAGGAUGCGGUUGAUGUAGAAUAAAUUAAAAAUAAGCGAUUUCUUACAGUGAACACCUUUCAUUGAUACACUUGGCACCAACACUGUUCUGUGCGUCAGAAGCUCUAAUGCUUUCCAAAGGCGUUACCCACUUCAUUAUUGAACGUAAAGGAUUGUACAAAUGCAGUAAAACGCUGCCUUAAUAAUGCUGCAUAUAACAUUGCCAAAGCACUUAUAUCGGUAAGCAACAUUUUUUUAGAUUUGUUUCGCUAUAUCUGAUAAUUUGUUAUAUCCAUGUUUGUUAUGGUAUUGUGUUUAAUCUGUGUAGCCUUUGCCACACCUUGCCAGGGUGCAUGAGGAUCUCUUAAAGUAGUAAUUAAGUGAAUGAAGUUGUGAUAUUAGGAGCUGCUCACUGUCCUUAUGCAGGUGCCGAACAUUUGAAAGGCCUUUGAGACGUUUUAUUGUUGCUUAUUUUCCCUCCCUGCAUUAGUGCCACAUUAUUUUGUUUCGUUUUGCUAAUGCAGUGCCCCAUCUGUGGAGACAAACUUUUGAAAUAAAUGUUAGCUGCAAGACCAGA